CUCUCUCUCUCUCUCUCUCUCUUAAUAUUUUCUGUUGUUAACUUUUUUUUUCUCCCGAAAUCUUAUCAUCAUCAUGUCUCUUACAUCAGAACAAAUUAAUUCAACUUUGAUGCCUUUUCGUUGUGAAUAUUGUCAACGGACAUUUAAACACAAACGAAGUCGUGAUCGUCAUAUUAAAAUUCAUACAGGUGAUCGUCGAUAUAAAUGUAAUAAUUGUGAUUCCGCUUUCUCUCGAAGUGAUCAUCUUAAAAUUCACAUGAAAACUCAUGAUCACAUGAAACCUCACCAAUGUACAACUUGUAAUCGAGGCUAUUCAACGGCCGCCGCUUUAACUUCCCACAAACAGAAUUGUAAACGAUUACAAAAUGGAUUAACAGUUAACGGAUCAACAAGGAUUAGACCAAUUCUAACACCAUCAAGUAUUAUGUCAACAGAAUCAACUAAUUUAGAUAUGAAAAAACCUUUAAUUGGGAUGAACAACAAUCACAAUCUAUUAAACGAGAAAACUAUCCACCGAUCAUUAAAAUCACCAUCAACAACAAUUGACCAACGAGUCGAUACAUUUAAAAAGAGCCUCGAACAUCAAAAACUAAAGACAAAGAUAACUGACCAGGUCAAUGGAAGGUCAGAUAAUUUUGAUACAAAAAGUUUAAUUAAUCAACAACAACAACAACAAGUUACUUGUGGUCUUUGUGGUAAUAAAUGUGCAUCACUUGAUAUUCAUAUUCGUGAAUCUCAUUUGCAUCAAUUACUAUUCGCUGGGCUAUUACAGAACUCAAUCUAUUCAGCUUCGGCAUUUGCUAAUUGGCAACAAUUAACAACACUACCACCCCCACCACCGAACCCUGGGCUUGUCGCUGCGGCUGCAGCAGCAGCAGCGGCGGUUGCUGCCUCAUCAUCAUCAUCUUCCUCUUCCUCAACAUCCUCAUCACCCACCAUUCGUAAUAAUAAUGGUUCCAAGUGUAAGGAUGAUAAGCAAACUCUUAAUUUGUCCAAUGGAAAAUGUAAAUCACCAUCUCCCCAAGGAGGUUCACCUAAACGUCCCAAGUUGAUGUCACCAUUGAUGAACCUUUCACCCUCCUCAUCUUCAUCAUCUUCAUCUCCUCAUCAUCAUCAGCAACAUCCAACAUCUACUUCAACAAAUGGACCUUUAAUGAUCAACACAUCAGCAUCUUCAUCUCCAUCAUUUAAUUCAACAAAUCUUCCGUUCUUUUGUAAUCAAUGUUCACCUUCAUCAUCUUUCCCUGAUUUUGAAUCAUUUCGAGUUCAUUUAAAGUCUCAUUUGGCUGCUGGUCUAAUUCAUUCAUCUGGUUCACUUGUUACUUCUCAUCCUCAUCCACCUACUCUUCCACCUUUACCAUUACCCUUACCACCACCUCAACAUCAUCAUCAACACCAUCACCAUCAUGGUAAUUCACCUAUUGAAAGAUCAUCAUCAACAUCUUCCUCAUCAUCUUCAUCUACUUUACCUUGUCCUUAUUGUGAAUCAAUAAUUACAAGUGAAUCACUUGAAUCUCAUAUAAUCAAUUCACAUUUAGGAUCAAUGGUUUCAUCGUUUUCCUGUGAAUCUUGUAAAAAGAUAUUCACCAAAUCAGAUGAUCUAACCAAACACCUAAUCGAUUAUCAUUCCCAUCACUUGUACCAAUGUUCAAUUUGUCGUGAAAUGUUUGACACUGACGUUUCCUUGCAAGUCCAUUUCCAAGUGAAACACUCGAACCAGUGCAAAGUAUUCAAAUGCUCAAUUUGUAAUCAACUUUGGUCCAAUCAAGAAGAUUUCAAAGUCCAUCUUAAAGUGUCGCACUUUUCACCAAAUACUAAUGGUAAUCUAGUCUCAUCGCCGUAUCAUUCCCACUCUCACUCUCACUCUCACACUCAUUCUCACCCUCAUUCUCAUUCUCAUAAUCACCACACUCGCACCCUAAUCAACAUCACCAUCUAAACCACAACCACAACCUUAACCAUAAUCACUAUUCAAGUGCCUUCAAUAACCUUAAUCAUCAUUUGCCCUCUUCGUUAGUUUCCUCCACCAGUAAUCUUGUUAAUCCUUUCUCAAUGUUUACUCCUAAAUGUCAAUAUUUUAAAUGUUCAUAUUGUCCUGAUGAAUUUCACAUUGAGUAUCUUCUUGAGAAACACAUUCAAACA